UUGUCUAACUCACAAUCUUGAGCCCUACCUGCAAAAUACUCUUCCUCCGAGACCUCUCUUUUCUGAGCCGACACCUUCAUUUUUUCACGCAACUCUCUCCCCGUUGCAACCAAAAAAAUAACAAAACGGGCUUCAUGGCACACUUAAAGCCAUCUCCAUUUCAAAUCAAGAUCCCAACCAAAUAUCCUCUAAACUUGCAAUAUCUGCAUCAUGUCGAUCCUUCUGAUUCAGAUCAUGCCAAGGUCGGGCUUCAACUGGAGACGCAACACAGUCACCGCGCGGCAUACCUACGAUGCCAAGAUCCAGACAGCCAUCCGCAUGGCCGGCCACCGUUUCGACAGGUCGCACGUGACCCCCAUCCUCGCCGACACCCUUUACCGGGCCGCCAAUGAGAUUGAAGGAUACCAGGCCCCGGCUUCCUCCUUUUUGUUCGGCGGAAUGGACCUGGCCGACAUGGGCAUCGGCCCAGAAGACUUGGGCCUCGGUUUAGAAGACUUGGGCAUCGACCCCGCGACCGUCGCCGCGGGCACCGGGGGACAGAAGACAGGAGACUCGGGGCUCGUCACCCUCUUCGACGCCAUCAAGAAGGCCCAGGGUUCGGUUCCCUGGGCUCAUGAGCUGCCCGCCGAGGUCUUUGCCGCUCUGCUCACCGAGAUCAAGGCCGCCCGACUCUCCUGGCGCGCCGAGCGCGGCUACGCCAAGGGCGAGGCCGAGAUGGAGCCCGGCAGCGCCGCAGCCAUGCUCGCCGCCGCCGCCGACCGGUUCGCCGACGCCGUGACCUGCAGCAGCCUCGAUGGGCAGGAGGAGCUCAUGGGGUUCGCUGCCGGCCUCGGCGGGGACAACGACGCGCCUGCCGCCGGCCCCUCCAGCGCCGGCCCGAUCACCCGACGGGUGGGCGAGAUGACGAUCGAGGAAGGAAACAGCACCGCGGGUGCAGAGGAGGACUCCGAGGGCUUCGGAGAUGACGACGAAGAGGCUGGGGACGAGGAGGAGAGCUUCCAGGGCUUCGAUGACGAGGCCAUGGACCUCAACUAGAUGGUCCCGGCGGAGAGAUGAGGAAGUCUCCCGCGCCCAAGGAGAGAAGGAUGAGAGAAAAAAGGCACCAAUAGAAGCUAAGCCGAGAUGUAAGGAGAAACGAUUCUUGCGCUCCUGUACCUUAGCAUGGACCUCCUGAACGGAAUCAAAAGUCAAAGAUUGCGGUGAUUCGAUGCAUGCCUAGCACACAUAACCGUUUGGCAGUAUACUGAACUGUGGAAACCAUCCCCUCCAUCCUGUUGCGGAUCUUGACAAGCGCCGAUUUGAACCACGAUGGUUGUUGUCGAAACGACAGCGAGCCUGGAU